GAUUUAUUGAGAGUAGAGACCUGGACUCUUCUCUCCCUCCUCUCUCUUCUGCUUCAUACUUCCACAGUAUACAGCUCUUAGACCAUGGCCACAAAAGUGUAAUUAAAGCUAUCGAACAGCAAUCAGAACCUCCAAUCUCACUUUUUCAACAAGAAAGAUUCAUGGGUUUUUGACAUUUAGUGGGUUGUGGUGGAAAUUGGCUUCAGGACCCACUUGCUAAAAAGGAGAAAGUGGUAGAAUUCAACAAACUACACCUCCCAAGUGGGCCUUCGAUUCCUUCACCUCUGUUUUCUCUCUAUCUUCAAGGCUGGUCUUUUUUGUUUGGUGGUUUUUAAGGGAAGAGAGAUAUAAUAAAGGUACAAACAUGACUAGAUUCCUAGAAUAUUACUAUCUUUUUUAUCUGGAUUUGGGAUUUUUUGAUGCUACAGAUGAUGGUGAAUAUCCCUUCUUAUGUCAUGUAAUUCUGUUCACUUGACUAUGCAUACGUGGGGAUCGGGUGAUGUAUCUCUUCUUGGAUUCAUCAGAUUCUAUUGUUUCUGCAAAUUCUUGAUUUGUUUCAGACCAAAGUUUGCCAGGCUGCUAUUGAAAAAUAUUUCACACGAUGGGUUGGCUAACCAAAAUUUUCAAAGGUUCUAGCUAUAAAGGGCAGUACCAUGGGAAGCAUGGAGAAGAUAGGUAUUGGGAUGAGCAUCGCCGUUCAGUGGAUGAUUCAUCAGAUUUUGACAGAGAAGAAAUUGAUUGUGCUAUUGCACUUUCUCUCUCAGAAGCAGAUCUGAAAGGAAAGAAGGUUAUUGCAGAGGAAGAAGAUGAUAGUUCCUGCCUGUCAGAUGAAGAUGAAAAGCUUGCAAGAGCUGAGGAAGAUGAAAGGCGGGCAAGAGCUGAAGAAGAUGAAAGGCGGGCAAAAGCUGAAGAAGAUGAAAGGCGGGCGAGAGCGGAGGAAUAUGAAAAGCGAGUGAGUGCUCAACUGGAGGAAGAUGAACAACUCGCUAGAGCCCUUCAAGAUUUAAAUGUGGAAUCACCUCCUCGUUAUGAUUUUGGAAAUGCAUUUUCACCAUAUCCAUUUCUUUUUCCAUCCGGUUACAGGAUUUGCGCUGGGUGCAAUGCUGAAAUUGGUCAUGGACGCUUUCUAAGUUGCAUGGGUGCUGUUUGGCAUCCUGAAUGUUUCCGUUGCAAUGCCUGCAAUCAGCCAAUUACUGAUUAUGAGUUUUCUAUGUCUGGGAAUCGUCCUUACCACAAAUCAUGCUAUAAGGAACGGCAUCAUCCAAGAUGUGAUGUCUGCAACAACUAUAUCCCAACAAAUUCAUCCGGUCUCAUCGAGUAUAGGGCGCAUCCUUUCUGGCUACAAAAAUAUUGCCCCUCACAUGAGCGUGAUGGGACUCCUCGGUGCUGCAGCUGUGAAAGAAUGGAGUCGAGAGACGCAAGAUAUCUAUCCCUUGAUGAUGGUCGAAAGCUAUGUCUAGAGUGCCUCGACUCUGCAAUAAUGGAUACUCAUGAAUGCCAACCUCUUUACUUUGAGAUACGAGAAUUUUAUGAAGGUUUGAAUAUGAAGGUGGAACAGGAAAUUCCUUUACUUUUGGUUGAGAGACAAGCUUUGAAUGAGGCCAUGGAGGGAGAAAAGAAUGGUCAUCAUCACUUACCUGAGACGAGAGGACUAUGCUUAUCAGAAGAGCACAUUAUCUCCACAGUUUCAAGGAGGCCAAGAAUUGGUGCAGGCUACCGGUUCAUAGACCUAAUAACUGAACCUUAUAGGCUAAACCGUCGAUGCGAAGUGACUGCAAUCCUCAUUUUAUAUGGCCUCCCCAGGUUGCUGACAGGUUCUAUCCUUGCUCAUGAGAUGAUGCAUGCAUGGCUUCGGCUUAAAGGUUAUCCAAACCUACGUCCAGAGGUCGAAGAAGGUAUAUGCCAGGUGCUGGCUCAUAUGUGGCUGGAUUCUGAGAUCUACUCCAGUUCUGGAAGUGAUGGGGCUUCUUCGUCGUCGUCAUCAUCAGCAUGUUCAUCUUCGUCAUCUCCAUCAUCAUCUUCUUCUACGUCAUCAAAGAAGGGACAAAGGUCUGACUUUGAGAAGAAACUUGGUGAGUAUUUUAAACACCAGAUUGAGUCGGAUACAUCAUCAGCCUAUGGAGAGGGAUUCAGGAUCGGUAACCAGGCAGUGGGGAAAUACGGCCUCCGAAGUACCCUUGAGCAUAUUCGGCUUACUGGAACAUUUCCUGUUUGAUUUUCUGAUUUGGUAAAACUACAACAAUAAUCAGUCUCUCGCCUCAAAUACUCAAAUGCUGCAAAUAGUUUAUAGGAUCAAAACAUAAAUAAGUAAAAAAAAAGAAAUACAUCUGGGAGACUGAAUGCGCAAUGAAAAUUCCCUUGCCUAUAUACUAGUAAUAUUAUCUUAAAAGUUGGUAUUAACACUGCAUGUUAUGACAAGAUAUUGAAACUCUACAGAAUAUAGUGGAAUCUGUUGUUUUUCAUCUUACA